AUGCCACAACUCAACCCCGCUCCUUGAUUCCCCAUCAUACUAAUAUCAUGACUGAUCCUCUCACUAAUCAUCCAACCCAAAUUACUUCACUUCACCACCACUAACCACCCCUCCAACAAACCUCAAAUAACCUCCCAAACAACCCCCUGAGCCUGACCAUGAACCUAA